AUUGCACAGGCCAGGGAUACUGUUUCCCUUAAUGCAUUCAUGGAGUGAAUUAUUUGACUUCAGUUCUUGUUCAUAUCUGUUACAACAAAGCGAUGCCAGGUGCUUCCACUGGGUCCUGGUUUCCCAGUGGAUAUCAUGGCCACUAUUAUGGCAAAUUCAGGAAUGACUUUCUGCAGGAGUAUCGAAUGCAAGCUAGGCCCCAUCCCCCAGAUGUAUUUAUUCAGAGACUCAGGGAAAAUCCACGGAAACAUAUAUUUUCUGCACAUGACAACAGACACUGUUUUCCUUCAACCACUAUGUCCUUUGAAAGUGGUCUUGGAAAGCGGAAAGUGAAGAAACCCUCUGGGCCAAAACCAGAUUUUGUGCCUUGUUUAGUUUCCUGGGCAUCAUUGCAAAAUGACGAAAAAUAUCCACGUCCUAUGAUCAGCACGUACCAGUCAGCCUACUGGCAUCCAAAGGACUCAUCAACUAUUCCUCAGGUCCUCAACCCAUGGGCCAUCCCCCAUGACAGUACAUCCCAUUCAUUUAUCACUACCUAUCGUCAUGCAUUCAGUCACAAACAACCAAACAUGAAUGUUAAUACAAAUGUACUAACUGGUCAGGUGGUUGAUGAACCCCUUGCAAAGGAAGAUACAUUUAUGUAUGUAGAUGGAAGACAUCAAAGACCAUUGCCACCACGCUCAAGGCGCUCUCAAUCAGCACUUUAUCACCAUAUAACUGUAUCUGACUGUCUUACAUGGGACAUACCAAAGGAGAGAGAAGCAGAAGUCAGUGAGAAGGUUUAGGACUGGACUUAGUCUUCUCACCUGUCACGUUUGAGCAACCUAUGCUACUCCAUACUGAGCAGGCUACAACCUAAGAGUGCAUGUUUCACAUUGUCAACAAACUGCUUUAUUAAAACUUAGCAAUGUAAAAAGUUUUCUGUCUUUCAGAAAAGGUCAUAAAUCAACUAUUAUAUCUUACAGAUAGAUCAACUGCAAGGGUACAUCACUAAUUUAGAAGUAGUUAAUGGCGAGCAGGUUUUCUCCAUUAUUAAAGAGUGAGUUAUUCACUUUAGAACUUGCUAAUGCAGUCAUAUGUCAGACUUGUCCCUGAAUAAUUAGGUUAAGAAACAAAAAUUAGAAGUGUGUGUACCCCUACAUGCAUGUUUUAGCAUAAACGUAACUUACUGAACAUCAGUAAGGAAAUGUAUCAAAGUGAUUCCGUCUUGUUUGUGGAGCAGACUGUUCAGCUUGGCAUACAAGUCAUUUUACCUUGUUAGGU